CAGCAGGGCAGGGAACAGGAGCCAAAAACAGGUACAGGACUUCAUACCACGGGAAAUUCAAGACCCGUCCUGUGCAUCAGAGAGACGAGCCUCUAAUCUUCUGCCCUACUCUGACCUUGCAACAUGGGCCAGAAGGUCAGCAUCACAACUUCUAACAAUACGCAGGACUCAAGUUUCCUCUCCUUUCUAAAACGCUCACCCCAAACACCCUCCUCGGAUGAGAACAUGUCGCCAAGGACUGGCAUGUUUGCCAAGCUGACAGCACCAUUUGCAAACAAGCCCAAUGAUUUCACACGCCUUAUUAGUAACUCUAUCUCUUUUGCAUCAACCAGAACCAAGGAGUAUCUUGUCUUUAAGGAUCCAGAGAGCAAAUUUCAGCCGAGUCCUCAGACGUUAACUCAGGUUUUCCUGAUGAAUUACAUCCCUCAAAGUGUAAACCUCGACUUGACUGACACCUUCAGUUGCACAUCCAUGACACCCGAGCAGCGCAUCCUCCUGGGCGCUGACUGGGUUUGGGCCAUCCUGAAGAAACCUACCAAGAACCCUAAAAUACAGAUUGCAGUGCAGGUUCUUCACCUGCCUGAAAGGGAGGAAGCUGAAGAAAGGGCAGCUGCUAGAAAACCCAUCAGUGAGUCCAUCCAGAUGGCCCAGAUGGAGUCCAGGAACAAGAACGUGUAUGAGAGGAUGGUGGACUUCUGCACUUCCAUCGGCAAGGACUGCUAUGCCCUCUUUUUGUUCUUUGGAAAAAGGGAUGACAAGGUAAAUAUCUACGGUGUCCUGAGCAACAACUUUGAGGCAGCUGUUGGAAAAUGUGACAAAAUAGACAGAGCUCUGAUUGAGAACUUCUUUAAAGGUUCAAGGUAUUUCCAUACACCCUUUGGAAUGAUGCAGACCAUUUUCACAAAGAACACAGAAGCACUCACUCUAAUGAUUAAAUUUAGCUGAAGAUUUGAGGUACGAACAUUGAUGUAAGCCAUUAUUGACCAAGAAAAUGGGUGGCCACUUUUCCCUGAUUAAAUUUAGCUGAAAGGUUCAUAUGAUGGCCAAAAUAUACAAUAUAAAAUAUUAGAUCAUUUGUGAUGGACUAAUGAGGGUUAUGGGACCUUACCUAAAACACUGCAUCAGUAGCAGAAAUGGGUUGUAACAUGGUCUAAGUUCAAUUACAGGAUUGUGCUUGACCAGCAAUCACAGAUCCAACUUAUACACUGUUUUGUGUUUUACAUCUCUGUGGUCUGGCCAGUAGCAGUAGCAACUCUUGGGUCUUUAAUGUGAGGUACACACAUGAAAUGUGUUCUACUCGAAGGUCCAACUUUCUUCAUUAAAUACUGGAAAACAAAAACCAACUGACAAACAGUCCAAAAUUAAACUGUAGAACUGGAUGUCAUGACCCAUGAACAUUGCCUGUAUUUUCCAUAAAGUGUUCGUUACCUGUUCCUGAAUUAUGCCAGGAAGCGACCAUGUUCACAUAAUAGUUAAGCACAUGAAAUGUAAUUAAAUAGACUUGCCAGCUUGUAUUACUUUCUUUUAUUUCCUGUAUCAUGCCACUGUGGUGUACAAGCACCUUGAAAUGUCUUGUUGCUGAAAUGUGCUUUACAAAUAAACUUGCCUUGCUUAAUAACUGCCUUAGUCUAGAAAC